CUCAACUCCAAAUGAAACUUCUUGUUGUUCCAUUUCAACUACUGCAACAAUAGUUAAUAACAUCAAGUAAGUCAUCAGAAGUAAACGAAAGGAGGCCUGUCAUGGAGAGGAACAGAAGUUUCAAUGGGAUCAAGGAGAAAACAACCCAACAAAGCUUCUUAUCCAAACAUCUAAAGAAGGUCUACCCACUUGCACUUCGAAGGAGCAACUCAUCUCAAUCACUCCCUUCACUAUCUUUGUCCCAGAAUUCUAAUGACUCGAUAGGCAGCCGCGAAACUAUUAAUCCGCGUGCAGUGGAUCAGAAGGUUUUCGCAUCUCUUCGAAGGCUUAAUAGAACCACCACCCCUCAUGAAAGAGCAGAAACCAAACUUACUAAUCUUGGACAACAGGAUAGCCGGCCAGAAUCUAAUGGUGUCAAUACUGGGAUUCCUUGGGUGAUUCCGAAGAUUAUGGUGCCUCUUCAUGGGCUUGGAGGACCACCUGAAAGAAGGGAAACUACACUACUUGCUAAUGUUGGAAAGGAUAGUACUGAUUCUAAUGGUGGCGUUACCUUGAAGAGGUGUCAUUGGAUCACAAAAAAUAGUGAUCAGGUCUAUGUCUGCUUCCAUGAUGAGUGUUGGGGAGUGCCAGUUUACAAUGACAAUCUACUAUUUGAACUUCUAGCGAUGUCUGGAAUGUUGAUGGAUUACAAUUGGACUGAAAUAUUAAAGAGAAAGGAGCUCUUGAGAGAAUACUUUGCUCAAUUCAACCCUAAUGUUGUUGCCAAGCUGAGCGAGAUAGAGAUAAUGGAGAUUAGUUCCAAUAAGACACUUAUGUUGGCAGAAAGCAGGGUCAGGUGCAUAGUAGACAAUGCCAAAUGCAUAGUAAAGAUUACAGAUGAAUAUGGUUCAUUCAGUAGCUAUAUUUGGGGGUACAUGAACUACAAACCAAUGAUCAGUAGAUACAGAUAUCCAAGGAGUAUCCCUCUAAGGACCCCAAAAGCAGAAGCCAUUAGCAGGGAUCUAAUAAGAAGAGGAUUUCGGUUCGUCGGGCCGGUGAUAAUGUACUCAUUUAUGCAAGCUGCAGGGAUGACAAUUGAUCACCUCGUCGAUUGUUUUAGGUUUAAUGAAUGUGUUUAUCUUGCAGAGAGACCAUGGAGACAUGGCUAACUAGCAUUUAAUUUUGUUUUACUUUGAACUCAGUUUUAAAAUUCAGUGUUUUGAUGACCUAAAACAGAGAAGUUGCUUAUUUAUUCAAUGAUAGACUUGGUUUAUAACCUAUUGUGGAUUUGUUUCUUUGUAUGUAGAGAUUGUUUUGGAGAAAGGUUCACCUCUCCAUUUAGAAUGUUAUCUUCCUUCUAUCAAUAAAAAAGUUUGGAAGGUUUUCCCUU